UCUUCAGGUGGAGAAAGAUGAACUGUCGAGGGGGAUAUCUCCGGCAUGUUUGGCGGAUCCUUCAGCAGCAAUCUCUGCUGGUUAUGGAUCUGCACCUGCUCCCCCGAGGAGUUCUCUCGAUUUCAGGUCCGGAUAUGGGAUUUCUUCCACCACGAUGCCUUUCUUCUUUUGUUUUUUGAUCCCUAUCCUGAAUAUGGGAUUUCUUCCACCAUGGUGCCUUUCUUUCUUUUGUUUGUUGCUCCCUAUCCUGGACCAGUUUUUUUGCAUCCAAUAGUGAAUUUUCUGUAUUAUGUGAUGACUAUUCAUCUCUUUGAUGAACACAUUCUGAUAAUGAUCAUGAGGAUGGUGAUGUUGGAAACCAUAAAAUGUAUUGAUCUUUGUAUACUUUUUUCCUUCCUUUGUGAAGCUGGCAUUUGGCCUGGGCGGGGGUUAUAAUUAGAAAAAUUGAUCAACACUGUGAAAUUCUGGCCCAUCCAGCUACUUUUCAACGGGAAGAAUAUGGUGUUACAAUGUCCAGUCAGAUGUAUGUGGUAUAGGCUGACUUCCAUCACUCAACGUCAAAACAGAAGUGUGUUAAUUUGUUUAGUUCCAGAUCCAGUUACAUUGGAUUCUGAUACACUUUUGUCUCAAAGAAGCUGGGAUUCUGAUUCAAGAUAUCCUUGGAUCUGAAGUUUCUGGUGGCUUCCAGGACCUUGCUGCCACAUUAUUGUUCACCUGCCUCUGCAGUUACUUGGAUCUGAGAUCUGAUGCCAUUAAACACAACCUUGAGUAAAAAUAGAUGUUUGUGAACACAUCUGCUGUUGGUUAAUGGGCUUCAGUGAAGAACAUUCUUUUUCAUAAUGGAGGAGCUUUUUAAGGGCCUCACAAAUGCAGUUUCUCAUUCCAAAUACUUCAAUCACCUAUUUAUCAGUAUUACUUCCAAAUUCAAGAAGUGCUGCACUGGAUACAAAAGGUUCUUCAAAGAGCUUUCCAAAGCAUGAAACACGACAUGUAUCAGAACAUAAGAAUGUUGCAAGAUGUGCAAGAUUUAGUCCUGAUGGACGGUUUUUUGCAACCGGAAGUGCAGACACAUCAAUUAAACUUUUUGAGGUUUCAAAGGUCAAGCAGAUGAUGCUGCCAGAUUCAAGUUCAAGGGAUGGUCCUGUUCGGCCAGUUAUACGAACAUUCUAUGAUCACUUGCAACCUAUCAAUGACUUGGAUUUUCAUCCUCAGAAUAUGGUCCUAAUAUCUGGGGCCAAGGAUCAUACAAUAAAGUUUUUUGAUUUUUCAAAAACCACGGCAAAGAGAGCUGUCAGGGUUAUUCAGGACACCCAUAAUGUGCGUUCUGUAUCAUUUCAUCCUUCAGGGGAUUUUCUUUUGGCAGGUACAGAUCACCACAUUGCACAUUUGUAUGACAUCAACACGUUCCAAUGUUAUUUGACGGGAAAUGCCCAAGACAUGAAUUCUGGUGCUGCUAUCAAUCAGGUCCGCUACUCCUCUAAUGGUGGAAUGUAUGUGACAGCUUCAAAAGAUGGCUGUAUUCGAAUAUGGGAUGGUGUAACUGCUGAGUGUGUACGUUCGAUUGUAGGUGCACAUGGGUCAGCAGAGGCCACAAGUGCGAGCUUUACCAAGGACCAAAGGUAUGUCCUUUCCUGUGGGAAGGAUUCUACGGUGAAGUUGUGGGAAGUGGGAACUGGCAGAGCUGUCAAGCAAUAUAUUGGAGCAACACACACACAGCUGCGUUGCCAGGCCGUUUUUAAUGAAACAGAGGAGUUCGUUUUGUCAGUUGAUGAGCCAAACAAUGAGAUUGUAAUAUGGGAUGCUUUGACCUCUGAGAAAGUGGCAAGGUGGCCAUCUAAUCACAUUGGUGCUCCACGGUGGCUAGAGCACUCGCCAGCAGAGGCAGCCUUUGUUUCAUGUGGGACUGAUAGGUCAGUUCGGUUCUGGAAAGAAAUCCUGUGAAAAACAGUUCCAUGUUUGCAGGGAAUAUCAAUUUAAUGAAUCUGAUCCAGGUUCCUGUACUAUGUUAUUUUUCUGUCAAAUUAACUAUUAAAUUAAGUAUGAUUUGAAAAUUUUGAGCAAAUGAUGACA